CAGCUUCAAGGCUCCAUGGCAGCUGCAGCCGCUGAGGGGAGCGACACCUCGGCCGCGGGGGAAGACGACGCGGCGGCGGCGGCGCUCCUCCUUCCUUCGUGCCCCCUCAGCGGGGCCAAAGCGGCGGGGGCAGCAUCGCCCGGGUCGACGCGUCGUGUGAGCGACCUGCGGGUGAUCGACCUGCGGGCCGAGCUGAAGCGCCGCAAUUUGGACACCGGCGGCAAUAAGAGCGUCCUCCUCGAGCGCCUCCGCAGCGCCAUUGAGGAAGAAGGGGGAAAUCCUGAUGAAAUUGCUGUGGUGGCAGAGAGCCCUGGCAAGAGAACUCCUAAAAGAACAGUGAAAGGGCGUAAGCCAGAGGAAGAAGGUGGAGAUGAUAACGGGUUGGAGGAAAACUCGAGAGAUGGACAGGAGGAUAUUGAAGCAAGUUCAGAUAACAUCCAGGACAUGGAUGUGAUGGAUAUUAGCAUUUUAGACGAAGCCGAAAUAGAUAACACCAGUGCUGUUGAUGGUGGAGAUGAUUAUAGCUCUGAGAACCUUCUCGACUCUGACAAAGAUAACAUUGAUGCGGAAAUGAAAGAACUUCCUGAACAGCUAAUGGAAAGUGAGGAGAAUGGUGAAGAACUUGAUGAUCUGCUUGACGCUACUUCACCUGGCUUAACUGCAGUGAAGGACUUGGGAGAGCAACAUUCAGAGCCAGAAAAUGAGAAAAUGCUCGACAUUUUGGGUGACACUUGUAAAUCUGAGACCCUUAAAGAAGAAGCUUCUGAAGCAGAGCAGGCACAAGAAGAGAAUAUCUCGUUGCCGGUCAAACAGGAAGCCCAGGAAGAGGAAGACACACUUGCCACUGCCGUCGCUCAGUCGGACGAAGAGCUUUUAGAUACGGACAGCCAGUCAGGCCAGGCUGCGGCCAAGAGCGAGGAGGAUGAAGCGAAGCACUUAGUGGUAGCGAAAGGGGAGCCGAGUGAAGAGACAGUAGAGGAAGCUAACCUGGACUCUGACUCUUUAGCGGUAGAGAGCAGGUGUGGUGGAGGAGAAGGAGAUGGAGAAGGAGAAGGAAGUGUUGAGAGUAGCAAUGCAGCCCAAACUCUGGAAGCCAGUAGUGAGGAAACUGCGGAGAAGGAUGCAGGUUUCCAGGUGGUUAGCCAAGAUGCCGAGAAGAUGGAAGCCAAGGCUAUUUGUGAGGAAGAGUCCUCUGCCCAAGAGGGUGGUGAUCAGAACACGAGUUCUGAGGAGAUCAAAGAUGAAAAGCCAGGUUCCAAAGAGGAGAAAGGCCGCAGUGCUACCACAACUGGUCGGAACUUCUGGGUGAGCGGCCUCGCUUCCACCACCCGAGCAACAGACUUGAAGAACCUCUUCAGCAAAUAUGGAAAAGUGGUUGGUGCCAAAGUGGUGACUAAUGCUCGGAGUCCAGGAGCCCGGUGUUACGGUUUUGUGACAAUGUCCACAGCUGAAGAAGUGACAAAAUGCAUUUCCAGUUGCCACAAAACAGAAUUACAUGGGAAAAUAAUAUCUGUUGAAAGAGCAAAAAAUGAACCUGCUACAAAGAAGCUUUUGGAGAAAAAGGAUAGUGAGGUGAAGAAUGAAGCUUCAGCCAGUGAUAGGUCUGCCAGUGUGAAGAAGAGCGAGAAGGCUGACCCGAAAGAAGAUGCUGCAAAAGCAGAAGAAAAAGAUGAGAAGGGGAAAGAGGAGUCAAGAUCAGGUUCGGUGGAUCAGUCCAAGACACCAAAAUCAGGAAGCAAGGGUACAGAAAGGACUGUGAUAAUGGAUAAAUCCAAAGGCGAACCAGUUAUCAGUGUGAAGACGACAACUAGGUCUAAAGAGAGGAGUGUCAAGAGCCAGGAUCGCAAAUCGGAGAGUAGAGAAAAAAGCAGAGAGAGGCCCUUCAGCAAAGGCAGAGACCAGAAACGGCAGAGCGAAGAGCCACACCGGAGCCGUGACCGGCAGAAGCAGCGCUUGCACUCCAUCUGGGAGCAGGAGGAGCGCGAGAGGCUGGAGAUCACCCGGGAGAAGCUGGAGUUUGAGCGUUCGCGCCUGGAGAGGGAGCGGAUGGAGAGGGAACGCCUGGAAAGAGAGCGGAUGCACAUUGAGCACGAGAGGAGGCGGGAGCAGGAGCGCAUCCAGCGCGAGAGGGAGGAGCUGCGCCGGCAGCACGACCAGCUGCGCUACGAGCAGGAGAGGCGGGUGGCCCUGAGGAGGCCGUAUGACUUGGACGGGAGGAGAGACGAUCCAUAUUGGCCAGAGGCAAAGCGAAUGGCGUUGGAUGACCGCCAUCGCUCGGAUUUCAGUCGCCAGGACCGGUUCCAUGACUUUGAUCACAGGGAUCGUGGGCGGUACCAAGACCAUUCCCUGGACAGGAGAGAAGGGUCACGAGGAAUAAUGGGAGACCGAGACGGACAGCAUCACACAGACGACCGCCAUGGGGGACCAGAUCGCCACUCACGGGAUGGCUGGAGCAGCUAUGGGUCUGACAGGCGCUUGAGCGAGGGACGGGGGAUAACCCCACAUUCCCGAGAUGGGCGUGACUGGGGGGAUCAUGGUAGAAAAUUCGAAGAUCGCUCCUGGCAGAGCAACAAUGGGGGUGCGAUGGGGCGGGAUCAUGACCGGUGGCGAGGUGGGGGCAGAGGGAGGCGUGGCCACAUCUUUCAUCGAGGCGGAAUGUCUGGGCGGGGAGGAUUCUUGCCAAGCGGCCCGCCAGGCCAGGCAUCACCCAGCGGGGAGUCGCAAGCAGAAGGCUUUUCGGGACAAGACAGAGGAAGCAGGCCUGGCGACCCUCGCUUCAGCCGCCGCUAUUGAAUGUUUCAGCGUUGUUGUUGUUUUUUUUUAACUGUACAAAUGGCAACAGAUGGGGGGAACACAC